AUGUCUGCCGCCAAAGUCAAGGCCGAGCAAAUCAUCGCCGACAACGGCGUGGUUGUUUUCUCCAAGUCAUAUUGCCCUCAUUGCAAUGAAACCAAAGCUCUGUUGAAUUCUCAGGGAGCCAAGUACUUUACCAUGGAGCUUGAUAAAGUUGGGAAAGAGAAGUGGGAGACUGACGUGCUUGAAAUGGUAGAUGAUGGCCCUGCUAUCCAGGAUGCACUGCAGCAGUUGACCAAGCAACGCACCGUUCCCAACAUCUUCAUCAACCAUCAGCACAUCGGCGGUAACUCUGACCUCAUGGCCAGGUCUUCUCAGCUGCCUCAGCUGUUGAAGGAUGCCGGUGCCCUCUAG